GCCGCAUCGGUCUGAGAAUUUUGUUUUGAUUUGACUUUGAAAGUUCGAGCGGUAAAUCGGUUAUCGUUACUUUCGCAAAUGAUUAUUCUCGUUCAUUGUUAGCAAGAUUCAAUUACUGCUAGUUUUUUAUAUCAGGUUAUGACCGAACAUUUUAGAAAAAGUAAAACCGAACGAUUGUAGACUAAUUGAUAGAGUAUUCGUUUGAUUUUGCUCAGAUUAAAUCAACGGUGAAUAUUUUAAAAUGACUCAGCCAGUUCACAUUACGCUAUUCGAAGCUUUGAACCAAGACGACGAUAAACAGUUUCGCUAUAUCCUAGAAACUGAAGGUCUUCCUCGCGGUACGAAUUGGCUAGAUUACGACCUGCUUACUAAAGCACUUAGACAAAAAAGUAAACGUAUCGCUGCAUAUCUCUUGGAAAAACGUUGUCGAGUGAUGAAGAAUGACGAUACUACUCAGCUUAACAAAGUAGUUGAAAAAUAUGGUUGGGGCAAUAUUGUUGAGAGACUGCUAACGCUGGAGUCUAAAGUCACAGAUGUAAAUGACAAAGGAGAUACUGUACUGCACUUAGCUUUUGUCAAUCAUUUCCCGGAGUUCAUCAUUGACCUUCUACUAAGGCACUACAUGCAUGAGACGACUGUGAAUGUUAUGAAUCGAGAUGGAUUGAGCUUUCUCCACAUAGCUUGCACCAGACCUAAUAAGUGCUUGGCACAAGAAUUUCUUGAGACUGGCAAGUCUGAUGUUCAUAAUCAGGUAUCAUUGAUGUCUAACUCCAUAUAUUCUGGAUACACAGCGCUUCACUUCGCAGUGGAACAUGGCAGAUUUGAAGUAGUUAAAAGUCUUCUUCAAUAUAAUGCUGACAUUUAUGCUAUAGAUUUCCAUGGGUCUACUCCUUUACAUCUUGCAUUGGAACAUGGUGAUAAGAGGAUUAUUGAUAUCCUUUGUUAUCAUGACAACAGAAACGAAAACUAUAUUAAUAAAUUUGGUUUGUCACACUUCAUGGCAGCUUGUGCCAGUAGUGAUUCUCUCAUAGCAGACCAAUAUCUGUAUAUUGCAGAGCAAGAUCCACUUAUUUCAGCAGGAGGUCUCAUUAGAGGACGUGUGAAAAACGUCAAUGAGUACACAUAUGCUUGCUACACUCCUCUACACUUUGCUGCUGAAUUCGGGCGACUUGAUACAGUUAAAUUGCUUCUUGCUCAUGGAGCGAAUUGUUGUGCAGUUACCAAUCAAAACCUCACUCCAACCGACCUUGCUUGCAGAAAUGAGCAUAUGGAAAUUUGUUCACUGUUACUGCAACAUUCAUGUGGAUGUAAAGCUGAAGUGGCUCAAAAAACUGCUGAUGAGAUAUUGUCGAAAGAAAAAAUUGUUAACCAAUCAACUGUGAAACAAUCAGUGAAAGAAGAUAGUCAAGUUGCAAAAAAAAAAUCUACAACUAAAAAGGACGUGGAUUUACAGUUAACCUUUGCCGUUUGGUACUUUCAUGCAAUACUAUUAGUUUUUAUUUCAAUUAUUACUAUUCUCAUGUUUGAUUUUAAUAGUUUUAUGAAACUGUUUUCAAAUCCAUAAUGUUUUGAAUCUUUUUACAAUAUUUAAUAUUUAGUUUAUGAAACAAGUUUUUCCCUCAUUUUGAUUGAUCUCAUUUUGAUGUUUAAUCAAAAUUAUUAUUAAUUAGGUUAAAUCAUGAUAUAUAUAUAUAGAUAGAUAGAUAUAGGCUCUAUAUUUUGUAAAUAUUAGAUUGACAGGCCUAGAAUUUCAUACAUUGGUCGCGUUUCUCAGCUAAUUAAUCAAUAUUUAUUUUUUCUAAUAGUUAUUUUUAAUUGUUUACACUAUCAGUACUGAUUACUAAAUUAUACCUGCGUUAUAUCAGUUAUGAAAAUGAACUAUGUUGGUUUAAAAAAAUGUUAUUCCUAUUUUUUAUUUAUUUAAAAUAUGUAUCGAUAUCAAUAAACCUUUAAUUAUAUUGUAUCACAUAUUUUCCGUAACAGUUAUACAUACAUAUGUACAUUUGCUCAAAUGUUUAUAUCAAUAGAAUAUGUACUAAUCAUAAUUUUACAAUUAUUUACUAUUGAAAUUCCAUAAUUAAGCUUAUUUUAGCGCUAUUUAAUUUUUA